AUGCCUGAGCUACUGAAAUUCCUCACAACUGCUGAGGAGAGUCUAGGGAAGGGCAAGGGUAAGUCUGUCCUGAUGGUAGAGGGCAGUACUAUUGCGAAGAAGAGUGGGCCACGUUCGCCGGCCGGGACCAAGCGCAAGGGUUCUAAGAAACCCAAGCCAGCGUCCAACUCCUCUUCGUUGAAACCCAAUGAAGGAGCUAAGAAGAAGUCUGCUGUAUGCUAUUAUUGUGGCAAAAAGGGCCACUGGAGGCGCAACUGCGCAAAAUUACUGGCAGAGAGGAAAGAGGGAAAGAAACCUCAAACCUCAGGAUCUGCAUGCACGUAGACAAUUGACGGAGGGAGAGAUACAACUAAAAGUCGGCAAUGGCGCACUCGUAAAUGCAUUAGCCGUUGGAACCUAUAGUUUAUCUCUACCUAGUGGUCUUGUAUUGCAGUUAAAUAAUUGUCUGUUUGUACCCAGUAUGAGCAGAAACAUCAUUUCUGUAUCCUGCCUUGACAAAGCAGGAUUUUCGUUCGUUGUAAAAGACAAAACUCUUUCUGUCUUUAGAAAUGAAAUAUUUUAUGCAAC